AUGUCUCGAUCCUUCCACGAUAUUCCUGAUUCCAUUAAAGUGAGUCGAAAUUCCAACGUGGCGCCACCCACGCACUUACCAUGUAUUGCCGAAGGAAAAAUGUGGCUUGAGCCUCAGCUUCAAGGAGAGCGCAAGACUCUAUCUGUGGCGUACUCAACAAAUCUUUAUCGGAAGAGGCCUCUUGACCAGCGAACAACUCGGAUACACCGCGCGCGAUGUUGAAGACCUCCGUAGCCGAUGGCGUCAAGACGAAGCUCGCUACACGGACUGCCUCAGCAAACUCGACAUACACAGCUAUUUCGGUCCCGCAGCCGUCCUGGACCCGUACAAGGAUAUCAUCAUCUCCGACGUCUACGACGAAAUCGCUCGCGCGGACAAGCAACAGGGCAAGUUCUGGCACUAUCUUCAGACGCAUACGGACUAUCUGGGGGAGCCCAAUUUCUACAUCAUCGAUGGCGUACUCUUUGAUUCGGAUGGCAGGACGCUUCCAUGGGAUGGUAAGAGCGAGCUACCGACAUCAUCUGGUAUAGUGUCUCCACACGUUGAAAAUCAGGACACUUUGCAAGCUAUAGAGGAGGCCAUGGAGCGGAUAGGCCUCUCGCCUUCUUCUAGUCGCCGGGAAACACCUCGCGACCCUCGCGAUCCUUCGCCUGAGGAAGGUCCCUCUCGGCGUAGAAGUCAAUACGCACCUUCCUAUCGCGAUCAAUCGCCAGAGGAAGGUCCCUCUGGGUAUGCAAUUCAAUACGACUCGCCGCCCACUCGCUCUUCUACACCACGGGUCCCUUCUGCUCGACAGCCCUCUCGCCGUGGCGAUGAAGAGUACGAGGCAGACCAGCCGCUACGUCGAGUGUCUGGCGGGUCCAGCUAUCGCACCCAGAAUAUUCAGGCAGCCUUAUCUUCUCGUCGUACUCCCGUUCGAGACACUCCCGUUCGAGACACUCGCGUUCGCCGAUCGGAGCCACGGCGUACCGACUACGAGGACGAGUACCCUCCUCCCACACCACGCUCUGCUCGUACUCCUCCUUCUUCAAGCAGUAGGUCUCAGCGAUCUACUGCCUCGGGACAAGACUACGGCUACGACGAUAGCCGCCAAACUCCUACUGCAAGUCGGCGUAACACGUACACUGCUCCUCAGCGUCGCUCCCCAGCCCCUCACACUUCGCAGAGAAGACUCCAGACCAACUAUAACGAUCAGUAUGAUUGA